AUGAUUAAACAACAGCAACCACAACAACUUAAGGCGCAAAGCGCCCAGGUCCUUCAGACCAUUACAUACGCCAUAUAUGCAUAUAAUUCAAAGACGGCAGAACAAACGCAAAGGUUGAAAUAUGGAGAUUUGGAGAUAGUAUUGAAAAAUGACCAUUUCGAAUUCGUUUGCAAAGGUGGUGCAGUGAUAUCAAAUAUAAAAGAAAUUUUAUUUAUGAAUUCAAAAAUUAAAGGAAUAACGGAUGAUAUAACAUCAAUUCCACCAGAAGAACAGAGAUAUUACGCAUUAAAUGCAUUUCCUAAAGUUUUGAAGAUUGGAAGAUUUAAUUUAAAUGAGGAAUUCAUAGAAGGUUUCCUAAAUGACAUAAUGAAGAAAGUAGAUAAGGAAUAUGUGGAUAGUGAGUUAAAUAAGAAAGCAAAUUUGGUUUAUGUUGAUGAAAAAGAUAAUGAAAUUAAAGAAAAAGUUGAAUGGUAUCAUGAAUGGACAUCGGAGACUUUUAAAGUUAAAGCUGAUACAGGAUGGGUUUCAGGAUGUUUAGACCUUAAAGCAGAUAAAACUUAUGUUAACGAUGAGUUAGAGAAGAAGGCGGAUAAGGAAUGGACAUCGGAGACUUUUAAAGUUAAAGCUGAUACAGGAUGGGUUUCAGGAUGUUUAGACCUUAAAGCAGAUAAAACUUAUGUUAAGGAUGAGUUAGAGAAGAAAGCAGAUAAGGAAAAAGUUAUUUCAUUCAUUAAUACUGAGUUAGCAAAGAAAGCUGAUAUAUCAUUUGUUAAUGAAGAAAUAAAACAAUCAGAGGUCUAUUUUACUCCACCAUUUUUAAAUUUUAUGAAAUCAUCAGAUAAAACCUUUGAUAUAGAUUCUUUUGAAUGUAUAUGUUUCGAUGGAGUGACCAUGUAUUUAUUUUAUACAGCUGGGGUGCUUUAUUAUUUUAAAACAAAUGAUUUUAAAAACUAUGAAUCAUUUACUCCAUCUGUUUUGAAUCCUGAUACACGAAAGCCAAUCAUUAAUCCAAGAAUUUUAUAUGUUGAAUAUAAUAACGGUAAAUUUAUGGGAAUGAUAACGGUUGGAGAUGAUUUUUGCCCUUGUUAUUCAUUCGAUUGUAUCCAAUGGUUCAAAUGUAAUUUAAAUCAAGAUGCUAAAUUUAAAUAUCCAAAUAAUCCUAUUAGAUGCGUUAAUAAUAAAUGGGUACUAAUUUAUGAAGUCAAUCAAAUUUUCAUUAGUGAGGAUGGGAUAAAUUAUUAUAUGUUUAGUAUGAUGUCAUCAGAUUUGGAAAUUGAUUAUACAAGUAAGUGGUAUUACAUUAACAACAUGUAUUUUAUCCUACAAAAUGAUAAAAUUUAUAGAUCAUCUUCAAUACCACAAGGUCAAUUUGAACAAAUUUUUCAAGCUGAUGGAGACAUUGAAGCUUUAUGUUAUGGAUCAAAUGUUUAUGUUCUCGUUUCAGGUGAUAUGGUCUAUUCAUAUCCUGUAAGUUAUAACAGACAUAUUUAUUUAUCACAAGAUUUUUCACAGGAUCCAGAGAAAACACCAAGUUGGGAAUUGGUUUAUACAUUCACCCCAAAACUUACUCGAAAUUAUAGAUUUACUAAUUUAUUUUAUAUUGAUGGGUAUUUCAUUGCUUUAGGAUGUGGUGAUUUAGUAAAUAUCAGUAGUGAUGGAAGAAACUGGUCUGAAAUCACAAAAUUUCAAGAUGUUAGAAAAGCAAUUUUCAAAAAUAAUAUGUUAAUAUUGAUAACAAGACCAGUUUUAAAUACUCACCCAAAUUCAAUAUUAUAUAAUAAAUUCAAUAUUCAUAAUAGAUUAAAUACAAUUCUUGAGAUGAUUUACCCCAUUGGUUCAAUAUAUACAUCAAUGAACUCAACAAAUCCAGAAACAGUUUUAGGUUUUGGUACUUGGGAACAGAUUGUAGAUAAAUUCUUAUACUGUGCUAACUCUUCAAAGCAAACAGGAGGUUCGAAGAAAAUUAAAGAAGCAAACCUUCCACCGCACACUCAUACGGGAACUACAAACUUUUCUGGUGACCAUAGACACCCAUUAAGAGACCACCCAUUAUACAACUCAGAGUAUGAAGCUGGUUAUGACGUUUUAUCUCCAUCUUAUAACGAUUCAACAAAAAAGACUUUUCGACAAACUGAACCGGGGGGAAAUCAUGUCCAUACUUUCACAACAAAUCCAACAGGCUCGGGUGAAGAUUAUAUGCCACCAUUUAUGACUGUAUUCGCAUGGUAUAGAGUUCAAUGA